CUCAAAGGAGCGAGGCAGUUCACCUGGGAACCUUGAGUGAGUGGAGGAGGGUGGGAGGGUGCUGGGCCCCCCAGAGCCCCAGGGCCAGGGCCUGUGCCAGGUGUGGGUGGUGGGUGUGGAAAGACAGUGGUGAGUCAUCAGGCCCUGGCACGCCCUGCUUUUACUUAAGGUUUGCAGCAGACCUACCCACCACCACCGUUGCCUGCCCCAGCGUCCCAGCCAUGGCCGGGAGCUCUAACGUGCCCCACAAGACCUCGCUGCCGGAGGGCGUCAGAGUGGGCACCGUGAUGAGGAUUCGAGGUGCUGUCCCCGACAAUGCUGGCAGGUUCCAUGUGAACCUGCUGUGCGACCAGGAGGGUGGCGAUGCUGCCCUGCAUUUCAACCCCCGGCUGGACGAGUCCGUGGUGGUCUUCAACACCAAGGAGCAGGGCUCCUGGGGCAAGGAGGAGCGUGGCCAUGGGCUCCCCUUUCAGCGUGGGCAGCCCUUUGAAGUGCUCCUCAUCGCCACUGAAGAAGGCUUCAAGACGGUGGUCGGGGACGCGGAGUAUCACCACUUCCGUUACCGCAUCCCGCCGGCGCGCGUGCGCGCAGUGGAGGUGGGCGGGGACCUGCAGCUGCAGUCGGUGAAGAUCUUCUGAGCCUGGCCGCCGGUGGAGUCUGGGACCCGGAUCGCAAAUAAAGUCUUAGCCCCUCAUGUGGGGGCCGCCUCUGA